ACGCUAGGAUGCCACUAGAGUGGAGUUGGUUGACGUGCCUGUGGUCCGAUUUCAUUUCCGCUGGCAGAAUGAAGUACCAGGCUCUGGUGUUAGUGGCGGUGGCAGUGGCAGCGACAUCAGCCUUUCCCCACCCCGAGAAAGUUGGCAGCUACAACCAGCCUAAAGGGUACUUCAUGUACCUCAACGUACCUCGACACAAGGAAUAUGAGGCAGGCUUCAACAGAGGCAAUGAAAAGCACCACAUCUCUCGUUUCGACCAAGUUAAAGAUCACAGAUUCAGGACCAGGGUGAAGUGGUCUGACGCUCACGACGGGCACGGCGAGCACUACUUCGAGUACAACCACGGGCCCAAGUAUCCUGACUACGACCACAAGUCUUCCUCCCCUCACGCCGCCUACGAGCCUGUCGUCCAUGAGCCUGUCUACCACAAACCUGAUCCAUACGCUCAUCAUUGAAACCACAUAUUCGAUUUUUGAUAGACAUUGUAGAAAAUUUUAUUUAUAACUCAUCAAAUUGUACGGAAAAAAAUAAAUAAUGAUUAAAAAUCGAAUCUAGUAAACGGAAGAAAAUUCCGCGACCACGAAGUAAAGGCAAUAAAUUGAGGUAAAAGCUACACAAAAUGGCAUUUUAAGCAAGUAGGCUAUGAAACAUUUAGUAUUCUUGUAAGGGUGUUGUCAUCAAAUAUGGUACAAAAAGUAUGUUCGUUAAUUCAAUAUUGUAAUACAUGCUGUAAAUUAUUUCUCAGCAACGAAGUGUUGUUUGUUCAUAUCUCAAAUGAAGCAAUGAUAAGUUGUUGCUUGAUCCUAUAUAGAAAACAUUUCUCUACUUGCCUAUGGAAAUUGGUUCAAUGUCGGUUAAAAAGUGAGUGCUAUUGCCACUUAAUCAUUAUUUAUAUCCCUUUGAACGUAUAUGUAUAUGUUUGGCACCUCCUAUCUGGGCACGAGUUUACUGCACCUUGAAGUGGAAGGUGACGGUGUUCUACAUAGAAAUAUCACUAUAUUGUCAACUCCAUUAAUUAGAGAUAGAAAAUACAGAGCAGAGUAAAUUAUAACAAAGUUAAAAUGCUUCAAAUUGAAGCUCUUUCUUCAGCCCCGCAAAACUAACGUAACAGCUGAUAACGGAGGUGUUUUAUUGCGUGUUUACGGUGAUAUAAAAUGAUUUUAUUUUCAGAAUUUUCUUUGAGUUUAUAUGCACUAAAUUUUUCAUGUGUAUGACCCCUAGUAAAAUAAACAAGGAGUGUG